UGCAUUGCUAGUAACCAAUUUCAGAAUCACCCUAUUAGGCUUAACCCUAAUAUGGAAAUAUCUCGCCCUCUAUCUUCUAGCAACAUGAGAUUCUCUUCAUCUAAGAGCAUUCUUCAUGCAUAUGGAGAUCUUCUCCUAGUCAUACAUAUGAAGCAAUCAAGUAAAAAAUAGGUGUGCAACUAUUGAAUACUCAUAUGAUAAAAUCAAAGAUACAUAAACAUUGAUAUCCAUAUAUAAUCAAUCAACUCAGUAUGUCAUAGUUAGGGUUCAUCUAAUACAAACAAAAAGAAGGAUUAGUUCAUGGAGAGUGGAGAAACAAACAAAUUAAAUUAGAGAAAGAAGAAACGAUCUUCAUGGUAGAACUCUUGAUUGAUUGCUCCAAGGUGACUCCUUUAGGGUAGAGCUAUUGGAAAAAUCCUCUCUUCUGCUCUUUAACUCGUAUUUGAUUGUUAGGUUUAGCAUUGUCAAACUCCCUUUAAUAAAAGACUUAAAAGAACUUAAAUAGAAAAGACAGAUAGUCGCACAUGGCAUUGUACUAUGUACGACCUGACACAUGGUCGGGCCCUGCUUGUGAACUCCUUGACAUGAAUUAAAUUUUGCUAAAUUUUUGGAAUUGUGUUGAUUCUUACCAUGGCCUGCUCCUCAGCCGUGGGACUGACUUGGGGACCUUCGCAAAUCCAUAUGAAAGCAUGUCCCAAGUGCUCUCCAAGUCAUCAAAUGCACUAAAACUUCCAUACUCUGUGUAUUUAUUGUCCAAAUAUCGUCAAAUUCAAUCUUUGUGACCUGAAACACACUUGAGAAACAAACCAGGCGUAAACUAGAAAAAACAUAAGAUUAUUGCUAAAAUGCUCCAAUCCUUGUGAUGCGCGAGCUGGUUCAGUAAUUUGACGGCCAGACAGUCGAGUGGCUACUCUUCCAGGCGCGAGCUGCUAUUAACAUCGUUGCUUCCCCUAUUGCCAUUAAGAUAACCCUAUCUUCUUCAACUCUAUUUUGGUUGUCGUAGUUGGCACGCUGCUACUACUGGUAUUGAUAUCACCAUAGUCACCCAACCCUUGAUUGGUGUUUCCAUCGCGAUGAUUCCACUGCUUUUGACUGUCAAGUAUGGGUUGAGAGAAAAUUGAUAAGCACGAGACAGAGAGAUCCGAGUUAGCUCCGGGUCGAUAGAGGGGCUUGAGUUAGGUUGAGGUUGCUAAGCUUGAGCCAUAUGAAUUAUUUUAAUAUAUAGUUUGAUGAUGUGACAAUGUUGGACGAAAAGUUGAUGAAAAUUGACGAAAUCAUUGAUUUGUUGGUUAGUGAGAAUGUAGCCUAUAGGUGACAAAUUUGUUAAAUUGAGAAGCAAGUGACCAAUUUGUUAGUGACCUCAAAUAUAAGUGGCCUUUAUGUUAUUAACCCAUAUUUUAUGAUUAACGGUUUGAUAAUGUUAUACCCAAGUAGUGCUUGGCAGGUAGGGUGUUACACUUGGGGCAUUUAGCCCAACUUUAUUUUGAAAAGAAGAAAAACACUUCUAGAAAUAUGGCUAUAAAGAUGGAAGGUUCAUGCUUCGCUCAACUUACAACUUGGUCGAAGAGAUGUUUGACGAGGAGUCGAUUUCAAGAUGGAAGGAGCUCUGGAGAUGGAAGGACCCAAGUAGAGUUAAAUUUUUCCUCUGGCUUGUCUGACACAAUCGACUGAUGACACAUGCAGAGAGGAAAAAGAGAAACCUUGCAGGAAACGGUAAAUGCAUCCACUACAGCGACAAGGAAGAGAUUGUGCAACAUACCCUGGGAAGGUGUAAGAAGAUUAGAGGAAUUUGGAGUCACUUCCAAGGAUAAAAUCACCACGAAUGCGACUAGCUUGGACUUCUCAGAUUGGAUCGAUGAGAACAUUAAGGCUGAUAGCACGGGAUCUGACUUUGGCAUUAUCUACUGGAUGAUCUAGAAGAAACGCAAUGAGGAAGUCAUGGACAAAAAGUCAUUCAAUAAUAAUGUUCUCAUCUAUAAAAUCAAGGCGUGGAUCGGGAGGUUCCACCAAGCCCAGCAAUGUGAGAACACCUGCCUCCUACCCAACCCUAUUACCAGAUCAAGCAGAGAGACCGGAUGGAGACCGUCGACUGAAGGACAAGAAUGGCCGCUGCAGGUGGACUGCUUCGGGACAGUUUUGGAAGAUGCUUGGGAGCCUUUGCUUGUAACUUGGGCAUGUCUUCCAUUACAAGAGCGAAGUUGAAGGGUGCUGAAAUUGGUAUUGAGAUGGCAUGGAACUUGGGAUACAGAAAUCUGGAAGUCAACUUGGACUCCACCACAACACUACAGAUCAAUGAAAACCAGAGGAAUGAUGACCACAUGAGCGGUCUUAUUACUAGACAGAUUGGGAUGCUUUUGGAUCGUGACUAGACUAUUAGAUUUAAGCAUGUGUUUAGAUAAGGAAAUUGUGCUGCUGAUUUUUUGGCUUCUAAGGGUUAUGAUCUGUGUUUUAGUACACAUUAUUUCAAUGUGUGCGACCCUCAACUUGAACAUUGAAUUUUUCUACUCCCUGAAUUGUUAAUUAUGAUUUAGAGCGCUUGCUGCCCGUCUUUCUAUAAAAAAAUCUGGCCAGACAGGCAGACAUAGAGCUAUUAGUUGCUACGUGGAGUUUUGGGAUGGAAAAUUGCAUGCAAAACACGUACACAGCAUUAUUGAUCGAAUGUUUCUCAGCCCGAGCUGUGGAAGGGAAGAAAGAAACGCAACUACGCAAUACGAAGGGUUGGGCUUUAGAAACUUAGUUAUGGUGCUAACAUGAUAUUUUGUUAAUAUAUACUAACAUGGACAGAUUAGUAUCCACGUGGGCAAGCCAUGAUCCGACGCCUAGGAACGAUUGGUUUGGGCAUCUGAGGAGAGAAGGCCAACUGACCGGUUUGGGUGGCUCAUUCCCACGACCCAACUGAGAAAAGGGACAAAAAAAUUCAAAAUAAAAAACCACAACUUUUAUUUUCAGUCUCCUCCUUUCUCUCCAUCACUUUUCAGUUUCCUUCUCUCUCCUCGAAAAUCUUUUCGUUUCCUCCUCCUCCCUCUCCCAAUACGAACAAGAAAUCCUCUUCGUUGACGGCAGUGAGGAAGAAGAUCACGACUGCGACGGUAUCAUCUCUCGCUCUCUCUCUCUCUCUAUCGAUAUAUCUAAAGGCGAUUUAUCUAUUUUCAUUCAGGGAAAAGGGGCAAGAAGCUUUUCGAACGGAAGGUCGUUGAUCAAAGAACAACAUCACAGUCUGAGGUACACUUCUUCUCCUUCCUUAUUUGUUGAUUUUGUUUGUGGAUACGAAGUUAGGGUUUCAUGGAUUUUUUUUGUCGAGUUGGGGAUUCUGGGUUUUGGUUGGGAUCUGGGAUUCGAUUUGUAGAUCUGGAAUAAUAGUUUCUUUCAUAGUGGAUAACAGUUAGCAUGCUUGGGAUACUACUUUUUGAUUAUGUGGAUAUUGUUCUAUGUUGUCUAGAUAUUCAAAAUAUUAUGCAUGGAUAUUUGUCCUCCAUGUUUGGAUAUUUGUCUGCUCUUUAAUGGAUAUUUCUCUAUGCUUACAUGAUAUUUAUAUGUGCUUCAGGGACUUUGCAUAAAUGGAAGACAAGGAGCACUCAUUGCGGCCAACCUCCUACUUUCGCACUAUAACGCCAUGUAGCCGGGAUUGGACUUGGGUUUAUUGGUUGUCCAGAUAUUAGUUAUGUGAUGUAUUGAUAUUUUUUCCUAAAUUGGGAUAUUACUCUGCCAUGUAUGGAUAUUAAUUCCCUUAUACUUGUUCUGUGAGGUCAAGAUAUUUGCUAAAUGAUUACUUGAUAUUGCUCUGUUUGGAAUGUUGUAAUUGCCAUGUCUUAAUGACUUUGAAACCCUAAGAUAAUAUCCAUGAUUCAUUAAAAAAAAGAUAAUAUCCACUAGUAAAAAUGAUAAUAUCCAUCAAAUAAAACAAUAUCCAAACAUUAUGAACUAAUAUCAUUAAAGCCAAGACUAAUAUCAACUAAUAAAACAUUAAAUACCCACACCAACCAGUUUAAUAUCCAACCACAUACGACUAAUCCUAAACCGUAAAACGCAAACACUAAACCCUAAACCCUUGAACCCUGAACCCUAAUCACCAAACUAUAAAAUCUAAACCAUAAAUUGGUGUAAUAUGAUUGAUUAAGUUCGCGGUACUAGAAACCAUACUUGAUGAAUGUGAUGGUAGAUGCUUAAAUAAACAAAGAAUCACAUGGGAAUACCUAAACCAUAAAUUGGUGUAAUAUGAUUGACUAAGUUCGUGAUACUAAAAACCAUACUUGAUGAAAAUGAUAGUAGAUGUUUAAAUAAACAAAGAAUCACAUUGAAUAGUUACCAAAAGAUAAUAUCCACUAGUGAAAAAUAUAAUAUCCAUUGCAAUCAAAAUAAUAUCCUUACCGCCCAGACCAAUACUUCUCCAUUUAAAAUUCAAAUAUUCGUACUGCCCAGACUAAUAUCCGACUACAUAAACUACUAUCAUACACAAAGUAACAUCCGUCUUCACAACAACUAACCAUAAACUCUAAAUCCUGAAACCUAAGCCUUAAACCCCAAACGCUAAACCCUUAACCCUAAACCCUAAACUAAAUCCUAAAUCAUAAACACUGCUUAAUGGCCUUCGGCGGGCAGCCCUAACUAAGGUUGCAAGCAUUAUGUGUGAUGACUUGAUAGUGUGUUUAUUUGUCACGGCUGGAUACGAGUUAUCUCAGCGGCUCGAGUUUGUGAGAAAAAGCCAAUAUUGGCUCACGUAAGUAUAUGCUUACAAAAAAAGAGAAGAUAGAAACCAGAGCAAAAAAAAAAGAGGUGGAGUUGAGAGAGAAAAAGUGGUUGGGUAUUAAUUGUUUAUCACCUCUUAUUUUUGGAUACAACAUGAGAUUUCUUUCCCAAAAAAUAUAAAUCCUGCCUAAAAUAAAAAGGGGCCCCACAAAGCCAUUGUUUUAGCUCUUCUUCCUCUGCUCGAUUGGCCCAUUCCCACGGGUUGGCCCAAAAAAUAACUCACUUAAAAUACC